CAGUAGUUGUAGACGCCCGCCCCUGCCUCAGAGAAGAGAUAACCACAUUCAAUGAAUAAAUACAGCUUUUUAUACAAGGCAUCUGUGGAGUAAUGCUACAGUUUGAGUAGUGAAAGACUUCACAUUAUGAGGUGAAUGGGAGUAGAGUAUUGGACAAAAAAAAUAAAUGUUGUAAUCUCUGCAUCAUGGUGUCUUAGCUUCCUGGUUGUUGCACAGGCUCACUAUUUGCAGAUGGUUCAUAUAGAGAAACUAAAGCAAUUAAUGGGUGAAUAUGAUCAGAUUUCUCCACCAAGUCCUUGGCCUGAUAAGGAGAAUCCCUUUUUGUCAACCUAAUGAAGCAUUCAAAGAAGUCAUCUGACUCUUUUCAAGAUGAACUCGAAGAUUAUAUUAAAGUACAGAAAGCCAGAGGCUUAGAGCCAAAGACUUGUUUCAGAAAAAUGAGAGAGGACUAUUUGGAAACCUGUGGGUACAGAGAAGAGGUUGAUUCCAGACACAGGUAUAGAAUGUUUGAUCAAAGACUCCCAUCUGGAACUAUGCAGACCUACCCAAGAUCAUGCAAUAUUUCACAAAAAGUAGAAAACCGUUUGCCUCGGUGGUUACCAACUCAUGACAGCAAGCUGAGACUAGACUCUCUGGGCUACUGUCAAUUCACCAGGGACUGUUUCUCAGAAAAACCAGUGCCCCUGAACCUUAGUCAACAAGAAUAUAAUUGUGGUUCAUACAAUGUAGAAUCCGGAGUUCACAAGCACCUCUCCUUAGAACACAGUACCAGUGCCCCUCAAACCAGUCGUAAACAGAUACAUCAGAAGAGGAAAAGGCACCCAGAGGAAGGCAGAGAAAAAACAGAGGACGAACGGCCCAAGCAUAAGAAUAAAAGAAGUUCUGAGGAAAUGGAUUCAGACAAACAUAAGAGCAUCCAAAGUAAAAAAACAAAGGUGGAAACAGAAACUGUACAGGUCAGUACAGAAAAGCUUAAGGAUCGAAAGGAGAAAAAAAACCGAGGUGCAUCCUCUAAGAAAGAGGACCGUAAGCAUAGAAAAGAGAAAAAGGAACAUGGCAAAGAAAGUACAGAGGAGGAAAUGCUUUGGGACCAGUCUAUCCUUGGAUUUUGAAGUUAAAUUGAAAAAAAUAGUUGGAACCUGGUUAUAUGAUGUUCAUGUUCUUACCACUUUUCUUAUGUGAGCAGAUACUUUUAAUUUCUAACAAAGGCCAAGUGAACAUGAAGUAUUUAGUAUACUUGCU